UUUUAUUUGGAAAAAGGCGAAACCAUAACAUUCAAGCUUUUGAGUUUGAGGUAUUUCUUCCUAGUUUUAUUUGUAUGAGGACUAAUUAAAAAUUUGGAUGAGAUCUUUUGUUUUGAGAAAAUGAAACUAGAUGUGGAGGUUAAAUCUGCCCCUUAAGAAUGCUCAUAUGAUAGGCGAGGCUAUCACCAGCAGCUUUGUUCUUUUGCUGGUUUGUUGGAUUCAUCUCUAAACGGAUGGUCUUAUCCACUCUUCGAACAAAGACGCAUUCAUGCAUCUCAACAUCUCCUUCGUUUUAUUACAGAUAAUACUCGCGGUACAGUUUCGAGAGCAGUGAUCCGGGAGUUCAAUUUAGUCCACUCUGUUGCGUUGUAUGCUUGUCCAGGAAAACUAACAUCAACCUCUUAAACAAUCACAUGUAGAAAUAAAUUCAAUCGCGAUUUGGUGGCUAGCAUUUGUCUGUGCUUGAGGCCAGCACUUACACAGUCAUUUAAUACCUUGAAUUCUCUUUCGCCUUAUGCGUUUCUUAAUUCCUUUUCCGUUUGUGGUCAGCGCGCCAAAGCUCAUUCAUAUUAGUGCUAGAUGAUUCACUUAUAUGGAGAUCGGUAGUAUAAAUCGCCGAUGUAAAUCUGAAGCCAAUUAUUCCUACGCUGUAUUCAUUGCCUUCGAUACUUGCAGUUUUCUCCAUUUUUUUUUUAAUUUUAGACAAGGAAGCAUUAUUGCAAGUUUUAACAUCACCUACCCAGCAAUCGACUCGCUUCAAAUUGUCAUUUUGCAAGAACAAAUCACCGCAGGAACUCUGGGUAAUUUUCCAGCAGAAUUGCUCAACAUUACCAGCAGUUAUGGUGAGAGGACCUAAGGAAUAGAUAACUUCAUCUCAUUGUUUAUAGUAACUGCUUUGCAUUAAGCACUAUCUGGGAAUCUUUAGAGUAUAACUGAUUUACUUCCUUCUGAACCAGUGCCGCAAACUGCAUGCUAAGCGAGUGCGGGUUUCGCAUUUCGUUAAGGUUAUGUCAUAGUUGUCUUAUAAGAAGAUUCUUACAAGAUGAGGUUGAUGGAAGAACUUCCUUGGCCAUCUACAUUCCUUUGUUUUCAUAUUCUGUUGAGCACGACUAAAACCACAACGAUAGCAUAGUCUCUGAACUGGAUUUAAAAAAAUAUUAAAAAUAUGAGAUUUACAAAUUUUUCCAUGCUUAGUGCGUGUAUGUCGAGUUAUGGAUGCACGCGGGAAGUUUUGAGACGCAGCUGAGAGCUCUGGAGUGCUCUUUAAAGUUCCCAAGUGCAUUCAUAACACGAAGGAUAUACGCACAGCUUAAGCAUGAACCAAUUCUUCUAUAACGUAGCAUGCAGACGCAAGCUGUCCUAAAUAAAAAAGAAACAAAACAAAAACAAAAAACAAAACAAAACAAAAAAAGAACGAAAAAGGGCUUACUACAAUUUUGUCGGUUUCACCAGGUAAUCUUGUUCUAACUUGACGGAAACUUUCAAUCGAGGUGAAAUUGCACACGUCAUGUGAUGAAUACACUUCCCUGCGGUUUAAAUAUAUGUUAUUUGCCGGCUGGCAGGUCCGUAUGGUGAAAAACACAAGGGGAUUUAAUACGGCCUUUUCUCAAAAAAUUCCUUCAGCUUCUGUUGUGCAAUUUACGAUUUAACGGACUUGAAAAGACUCACCGAGAGCGUAUAUUUGAUGUAGAACUUAAAUGAAAACUUCGCUUGCUCUUUCACUGCGAACAAAUUGCUUGAGAAAAUUCAGGUAUUAAUGAACGAAAGUUCCAUCGUUCAGUUUAACUGUAACCAAAUACCUCACGUUUUGCUUUUCUAGGUACUCUUUGUGAACGAUUAAAAUUAAUUGCAGACGGGUUUUAGGCCGCUUGUCAACCAACGUAAUGACACUAUUGUUUAUACAAAUUCAUUCUGAAACCAAUAUUUUUCUGUCAACCAAACUGAUUUGAGUGAGAGAAAAGAGAGUAUUCAUAAGUUAUUCUUCGGUUUGAGGUAGUGACCGACGUGUUUGCUUAAAAAUACUGCCCAGCCGGGAAAACGAGAUAUAAUUAUGAAAAAUGGCAACGAAAGUUGGAAUGUACUUGGUGACUCACGAAAGCGUUAUUGUAGCCCGUGGGCAGAGAUAGGAAAACACUGACCGGGUAAAGAACCAAUCAGAUUGCAAGAUUCGUUACCGUGCGCACUCAAAAAAAAAAUAAGGAUUUUUAACAUGAUAAUCCCUGAUAAAAUAUGGAGGACUUGCGCGCGCAAUGUUAUGAAAAUGAUUAACAGUUAUGUGUCCUUAAUUUGACAGCACUUACAAAUCUUAUAUUGCUUAAUGAGACAAAAAUCAUGGUGGUGUUCUCGAUGUUUUGUCUCUAAAUUUAGAUUAUCAAUGGUUGAAUUUUCCAAUGGUUUUGUCUCUAGGACCAUUAGCAUUGAAAUUAUGGCAUCUUGUGUAUGGUCAAGAUUGUUGAACCCUGAUCUCAUGGUGGACAAAACUUAAAAAGAAAGCAAAAGGCAGUUGUAUACGAAGCAACAAAUGACAAUAACGUACUUCAAAACUGUUGUCAUUAACAUAAAAUUUGUCUUCAUUUUGUCUUUAGUGCCAAAUGAAGCUCCAGUUAUUUUGGAGUUAAACAGUCCCACCUCAACAACAAUUCAUUUAAAAUGGUCGGAGGUCACACAAUUGAAUUCAGUUCCACUUCUUGGUUACGUUAUUAUAUUCAAGGAAAACAUCACCAGGUUUCAACCCGACAUCCAAAAAUCUGUGCCACCCUCGCCGCAGAAGACGGUGUUGGAGGAUUUGAAAAAGUUCACACAUUACACCAUUAGAGUGUAUGCUUUUACGAGGAAUGGAAACGGAAUACCGAGUAAGGCACUGACUUUGAGGACUGAGGAGGAUGGUAAGUAUAUAAUGCGCACGUGAAAGAGACCAAUUAGUUUCAAUGAGAGGUCGAUGAAGGUGGUUAAUAUGCCCCAUCGAGUUUUAAAAGGCCGACGAUUUGAACGAUAGCUCCUCUUCAGAGGAAAUCUCACUCUCAAAGCAACACCUUAUGCGGAAUAUCUGCCUGUAUAAAUUAGUUCAUAGUUAAAGUUAUUUAAGUGUUUUUACCUAAAAAUGAAUUCCACUCAGGAAAGCCGAUAAAAAUGGCAACGGCCAAUUAGAUCAAUAGUUAAUACCGAAAGAGGUAUUAAAGGGUGAACUAAAACAAUGAACAAAGAAAUUGCCUGUGAGCAGGUCGCGAGUCCCGUAGCCGAUAGGUGCAGGGACAUGCGUAGGAUUUGGCGACCAGUCGCAAACCAAAGCGAACGAAAACCUAAUCUAUCCUCGACUUCUUUUCAUAUGAAACUGCAAUCAUCCGUUUCAAACUUGGCCUUUUUGGUCAUCAGUUCCGAGUGAACCCCCACCAAACACUGUUAUCACUGUCACAAGUUCAAGGUCAAUCCGUGUUUCAUGGAAACCAAUCAACGCAGCUUACGUGCAUGGAAUCCUCUUGGGAUACGAGGUCAGAUUCGCAAAGGAUGACUGGUCAACACUGACGUGGAUAAACAAGAGACUGGGCCCAGAAAUACAUCACAUUUUGUUAGAUGAAUUAGCUCCCAACACAUGGUAUUGGGUAGUGAUCUGUGCCAGGACAUCUAAAGGUUGUGGAAAAGAAUAUUUUGACCUUGUGCAAACUUGGGAAGAUGGUGAGUUUAGUUUUUGGCGGCAGUGAAAGCGUUGCCAGGAUGUUGCACGUGUUUCAAUUGCGACAUUUGAAGAACAAAUAAAAUUCUUAAUCUCUCCUACCUUGUCUUUGCCUCCUGUUUAAAUCGAUAUUUUGAUAGUAAUAGCUUUUUUCCUUUUUCUUUUUUUUUUUUCUUUUUUGGGAGGGGGGUUACAUUAUAUUAAUUGCUUUAAUGAAAUAAAAAAAAAACAAACAACAACAGCAAAAAACAAAACCUAUACAAAACAAAGAGAGACUCCUAAUUACGCUUUUAUUAUGUUUUGAGUUACUGUUAUGGAGUUUUUAAUUUUUUUCCCGAAAUAUUUCUAAGGUUCUCGAUGCCUUAAUUUUUUUUUAUCAUUAUUUUUAUCUCUCCGUCUAGUUCCCAGCAUGCCUCCUGUGGACUUCAAAGCCUACAACCUUACAUCCGAAGCAUUCAUUAAUGUCAGCUGGAGUCCAGUCCCUUCAAAUCACAUCAACGGCAUAUUACUAGGCUACUCCUUAAAGUAUCAAAGAGUUCAAACAUCCGAGAGGCAAGUCUCAGGCGUAGACGAGCACACACUGACUUUGAGGCCAACAGAUCUUUCGGUUUCCCUACAUGUCGAAGCGUACUCGAUUUACAAAAUUGGAGUAGCGGCUUUUACUCGGAAAGGCAUGGGACCGUAUACUGAAUAUGCUUACGUAGGUGAGUACCCAGAUUAGGUUCCUGAGUAAGUAACCGCGUGAGAAAAUGAGUGGGUGCCUGAGGAGAAUCUGAUAAAAUACCUGAGUGAGUACUUGAGUGCAUGAGUGAGUACCUGAGUGAGUACCUGAAGGAGGCCCUUAGCGAUCACCCGAGUCAGAACUUGACCCUUUCAUGUUAAAAUGACCCUAAAUACGCUUUAAAAUCAAAGGACAAGUUAUCUGACAGAGUAUUUGCUCCUUUUCACAAGAAUCCUGCCGUUGCCCAAAAGUUCUGUACACAAAUUUCUGGUCAACGUCUCCAUAUCUGAGAGUGAACAAGGGCGACAACAGGAUGGAAGGAAUUUUCAGCAAAAUUGUGACAGAUAUGAUCUUUACAGCUUGUGGCCUUUGCCCUGGUCACGGUAGUUCUACUAUAAUCGAGAUUACAACUAAUGGAAAAGGAGACUCUUCUGGCAAGAAAAGUAUCUCGGAAGUGCUUGAUGACAUCGAUGAUAUUCCACAGAUUAGCUUUCCGAUCUAUGGCAACAAAUACAUUACAAGAUACCUGGGAGCUUAUGCUUAUAUCAACCUUGUAGAUUCCCCUGGAGUGGCAUUCAUUGCUGCAAAGAGUCUCCCCGGAUCCGCGGCUAAGAACAUGAUAAACGCAGUUGUAGAAUGCAUUCCUAUGAUUAUAUUGUCAGCAUGUAUGGCUUAUAUUUCUGGAUUCAUCAUUUGGGUCUUGGUAAGUAAUUAUCUAUACCAUUCAAGAAUCUUUUAAUAUGAAUGGAGAACCUUUAGUGAUUUUCUGUAUCUUCAUUCACUAAAUGCCUACAUUUGCAUGCUGUUUACCUUCCUUCUGAAAAAGAAAAAAAAACACAAAACACAAAACAAGCUUUCUAGAAAUUCAACAAUAAUUAAUAAUAGCUUGUCCUGUAUUAAUCCCCUAAGCUCAAAUAAUAUACCGUUUCCAAAACUAUAAGUACUUCUUAGUAUGAAAUAUUUCUCUUUCUCUCUCACAUUUAAUAUACCUCUUCUUCAGGACUCUAGAUUCAACCCAGACGAAUUCCCGCCUGCUUUUAUAGAAGGCGUUGGUGAAGGAUUUUGGUGGUCGUUCAUUUCAAUGACAACUGUUGGGUAAGCUGAUUAUAGCCAAUUUUUUUUUUUUUGAAACCUAUUUCCAAAUCUUGGCCGCUUAAACGAAGUCUUAUGGGGCCAGAUCUGGUCGUUAUUAUCAUUCCUGUAUUGAUCCGGUAUUUAAAGAAAAGUAAUUUGAUGUUGUAAAUCAUUUCACGAUAUCGCUUAUUUAAGAAAAAUUUGCAUAAUCAGGUAUACAAUUCUAAUGUACUUAUCUCAGUAUCUAAGUAUGUAUUAAUGCUUUUAUAAAUAUCAGUUACAUGUACUCCUUGCAGAUAUGGAGAUCGCUGCCCCCGUUCUUUUCCCGCCCGUGUUUUUGGUAUCAUAUGGACCCUAAUUGGACUUGUUAUUAUCUCCAUUCUGAUUGGUGCGAUUGCUUCGUCACUGACAUAUGUCAAUGUGAAUAAACCUGUCACUCUUUAUGGGGCGAAGGUAUGCCUAAACAAAUAGCGAUAAUGCAUGAUUUAAAGUGCUACUUUAUGCCUUGUUCUCUAGACAGAAAUACAUACAAAUAGAUUAGUGACAGAUGUGCGCUCGCACUGUCAGGAAGGUUAACAGACGAGCACACAAACAGACAGACUGAGAAGUAGAUAAGCAGUCACACAGACAGGUAGAGAGAGAGACGAACUGGGAGACGGAUAGAAAUGCAAAAGAUCAGGUGGACAGAUAGACUGACAAAAAGAUAGGUUUAUAAACACCAGGAUGGGCCAGGGACAAGAACGAUAGCAACAUAAAGCAUUCAAGUUGCCAUGGAAGAGUCUGAUUCACCAGCUUAUAUCUAAAAGGAAAAUACUUAGAGGGAUACAUUUUUUUGCCAAUUUAGAUCGGAGCCAUUCAGAACUCUGUGGAGUAUCGCCUUGGAAUUCUUAAGAAUGCAAAAGUAAACGGAGGUAAGAUCGAUUUAUAACAACUGAUAUGAUAACUUUGGGCAACUGAUAAAUUUCUUAUAAGGCCAAGUGGAAUCCAAUUCGGUCUGUAAUCAUACGAGUGAUUAGCCAAUCGUACGACCGCAAAGCGGGAGUCCGAUUUGUAACUCACGAUUAUUAUUACAGACACAACUGGACGACACAAAGUUCUCAGGCGGGGGGAGGGAGUCGUCCGAAAUGAUCUCUGACUUCUGACUAUUCUCGACUGCCAGGUUCUUAGCACCAAGCAUCUCAGAUUAACUUGGCUUACUCCUUAUUUUCAUUCAUACAGAAAAAGAAUACCAUAACGUUGAUGAAAUCCGAACAGCACUUAAAGAUGGUGAAAUUGAUGGCGCUUUGUUAGACACUUACGUAGCUGCAGAACAUAAAGAAACUCUUUUCGAUGACAGAAUAUAUGUUAAAGAGAUCUUAGAGAGGCCAGUUGGGUACGGAGUGGUUCUUUCUGGAGCGGCUGUGGGUGUGGAGCAACAAUGCCGGGAUUAUAUCAAUAUGCACAUAACUGAAAUUUUUCACAUCAUCCAGAAUAUGACGAAGACUCUUGAU